GGGAGACACAGUGUCAGUAUUCAGCGCUACGUUUGUUGCUGCCGAGACAACUCCUCUCGUGGCCGGCUACUGGCGUGUCACCGACAUGGUUGGGGAAAACGAGAAAAAUGGCAUGGGCGCAUAUCUUUUCACUCGAAACUGUAAUAGACGUGUGUGGAGAGCGCAAAACAAGGGCACAUUGAGGGAAUACUUCUUGUCUGCUGAGAAGAUCAUGUGGAAUUAUGGGCCAACUGGGGUGGAUACUCGCGGUCUACAUCUUCUGAAAGAUCCCACAUCAGUUUCCAACAAGUUCUUUGAGAACAGCUCCACUCGUAUUGGGGGAGUCUACUACAAAGCUAAGUUCAUAGCAUACAACGAUUCCAGCUUCACUGCAGUGAUGACGUCAGAGGAGGACGAACACCUCGGCCUUCUGGGCCCUGUGCUGCGGGCGGAAGUUGGCGACACACUUCAAGUGACUGUGAAGAACAACAUCUCCUCUACCAUCUCACUGCUGCCACACGGCCUCCAGUACAGCCCAUUCGAAGAAGUUGUUGGCGACAUAGGGAGACCUGUAGGAGGUAGAAUACUCCCCGGACAUUAUCACACGUACGUGUUCCAGGUGCCAGACGACCUGGUUGACAACACAACGGAGCCCUGUCGCAACUACCUCUACACCUCAGCAUUUGACCCGCUGCGAGACCACAACACAGGGCUGGUUGGCCCCUUGCUAGUGUGCCGUAAGGGUUAUCUGGCAAGCACGGCUCCCAAGCCAAAGGAAAAGUUUUUGUUGUUCCAAACUUUCGAUGAGAACAAGUCUGUCUUCCUGAAUGACAAUAUCAGAUACUUCUUAAGUCAAGCUAUCGGCACUGCUGGACCAAACACAGGCAUUCUGGCGGUAGACACGAGUGACCCAGACUUUCAGGAGUCGAACCUCAUGUACAGCAUCAACGGUUUUUCCUUCGGAAACAUCCCCGGCCUGAAGACGUGCCUUGGAGAUGACGUCACCUGGUACGUCAUGGGGAUGGGUGGCACCAGCGAUAUGCACACAGCCACCUUCGACGGGAACAGCUACACCAAGGAUGGCACGCACCGAGACACCAGAACCAUUGUACCUGGGAGCACAGCAGCCCUUCCGAUGACGGUAGACAAUCCAGGUCGCUGGGUUGUUGAGUCUCACUCGAACUUGGCAAGGGAAAACGGCAUGUUCGGGUUCUAUGACGUUCAGCUGUGUGGUCAGAGCCCCACGACCUUCAGCACUACAGGAACAACUCGUGAGGUGUUUAUCGCGGCCGAGGAGGUGGACUGGGACUUCGCGCCUCUUGAGAGAAGCCUCAUUUCUGGAGCAGACCUCAAUGAUCCAAGAAAUGAUGCCAACAUCUUCGUCAAGGACGACGAAGAUUUCAUCGGUGAUGUCUAUAAGAAGGCGGUGUACAGAGAGUACACAGAUAGCAGCUUCACUACCAGGAAAACACCACACCAGAGCGACUUGCAUCUAGAUCUGCUGGGACCUGCUAUCAGAGCAGAAGUCGGUGACACAAUCAGGGUUCAUUUCAAGAACAUGGCGUCUAGACCAUACUCCGUCCACACACACGGGCUGCGAUAUUCAGAGGCAGAUAGUGGCGCCAACUACAAACAGAACCAGGGGGUGACACCUGGUCAGACUAAAGUGUACACCUGGGAGGUGCCCGAGAGGUCCGGGCCUGGCCCCAAGGAUCCGAACUGUAUCCCGUGGGUGUACUACUCUGCCAUUGACCCAGUGAAGGACACAAACUCAGGAUUGAUUGGCAUGACUGUUAUAUGCAGGCGUGGCAUUCUGGAUAGUGAAGGAAAGAGAACCGAUAUGGCUCACGAGUAUUUCAUCUUGAUGAGUGUUAUUAACGAGAACUUGAGCUGGUACUUGGCAGACAACGUCGCGACCUUUGCACCCAACAGGAUAGGCACAGACUACGCAUCCGACGGAGACUUUGAGGAGAGCAACAAGAUGCACUCCAUCAACGGAAGGUUGCACGGCAACGCUCCUCAUCUGGUCAUGGAAUAUAACGAAACUGUUGCCUGGUACUUUGCUUCUAUGGGCGCUGAG